UGAUGAAUCAACUCAUUCCAUUCCACAAACCAAACAAAAAUAGUGAGGAGUGAGAAGAUGAUGGACUAGCUCAUUCCUUAAACCAAACACCCUAGUAAUAAGCACAUAACGAAGCAUCUACGAUGGACACGUAGAGACACAAAAUAGUCCUGUCCAUUCCUUUCAGGUGCCUUCUUACUAUGAGGAUGCCCAAAAUCGAUUGGAAAAAGGAGAGAGAGAAAGUCCGGAGACCGUUGGGAUCAGAGGUUGGCGGCCUAUUGUUGUGAUCUAACCACAGGUCCUAAUCACACAAUAAAUUAAGGCACCAGCACUCCUUGCAGUCGCAAGAAGACCACCCCACCUCUUCUUUCUCCUAGAAAACCCCUUGUAUUGAGCCACCUUUUGCCUGUUACAUCAUGGUGGACAUUGGAGGACGCAUGAUGCAUGGGCACUUGGUAUUGGCACCGAUUCCCUAUCCCCUGCUCCAACUAAAAUCCACUCUCUCUGCUAGCCUGCCUCUAGCUCUAUCUCUCUCUCUCUCUUUUCUCUUUUCUUUUCUUUUCUUUUCUUUUGUGGUUUUAUCUCUUCUUUCAUUCAGCUCACAUACAAACUUAGAUAUUUUUAUAUUAAAAAUAGUUGCGUAUGAGAAACCAAAAGGCGGGAAUGACUUGGCGGGGAGAAAUACUGACCACUUAGAAUUGGCUACUCCUAUCACAAGCCACAUGAGUCUGUGCCUAAUUAAACGCCAUUGCUCCUAAUCCCCUUGCUUAAAGUAAGACAACGCAAUCCUUCCUCACCCUCCUCUCUCUCUCUCUCUCUCUCUCUCUCUCUCUCGGCCUCCGUCUCGUUGCUUUCUCUCCGCCGCCUCCCCCACGCGCCCCCGCCCCUCCCCUCCGCUCUUUCUUUCUCCUACCGUCGUUAACUCUCCGUUACAUCACCAGCCUCACGCCGUCACGUCAACUUCCGCCACAAAAAGCACCCGCCCCUGCCCAGCCCCAGCCAUGUCCACCGCCGGCGACCCCGCCGUCGCAGCAGCAGCAGCUGCGGCAGCGGCCACCCCGUCAGGUCGCGCGCCGAGGCUGCCGCGGUGGACGCGGCAGGAGAUACUGGUGCUCAUCGAGGGCAAGCGCAUGGUGGAGGGACGCGGCGGGCGCGGCGCGCGGGGCCGCGCGGCGGCGGCGGCGGCUUCUGGAGAGGCCUCGGCGGUGGCGGCGCUGGAGCCCAAGUGGGCCGCGGUGGCAGAGUAUUGCCGGCGCCACGGCCUCGAGCGGGGCCCCGUGCAGUGCCGGAAGCGCUGGAGCAACCUCGCCGGAGACUACAAGAAGGUGAAGGAGUGGGAGCGUGCCGCUGCGGCGUCGCGCGAGCCGUCCUUCUGGGCUAUGCGCAACGACGCGCGCAGGGAACGCCGCCUCCCGGGCUUCUUCGACCGCGAGGUGUACGACAUACUCGAGGGCCGGGGCCGCGCGAUCGUCGACGGCCGCUCCGCCCGGAAUGCCGCGGCGGAGCAGCCGGCGCCGGUGCGCGUCGACGAGGACAAGGAGGCGGAGGUGCCGGAGGCCGUAUUUGACAGUGGCCGCCCGGCUACGGAGGAGGCCUUGUUCUCGGAGGAUGAGGAGGAGGAAGAAGAGGACGCACCGCCGGUGGCCCCACCUCCCCCUCCACCACCAGUCAUCGCCGUGCCUGUAUCUGAGAAGCCCGAGGCAUCAAGGCAACAACAGAGUGCUGAGCAAGAUACCGUGCUUUCUUUGAAUGUAAUGAUUAGGUUGGAAUUUGGAAACCUCUCAUCGCGCUUAAAAAUGAACUUGACCAAAUCUAUGAGGAACUAGAUCUCAUUUUAAAUAAGAAGAAAUAGGCAUUCAAAUUCGAGUCGAAGAGGACUCAAAGCUAGAAGAUGAGGGUGUAUGCCAAGUUCCCCAAACCACCUAUCACCAGCUGAGCUAAGGCGAAGUUCCUUUUUUUAAUCUUGUUAUGUGCAAAGUGUUGCACCAGGUGGAAAUACUUAAACAGUAAACAAACAAGAUAUACUGAUGCGAUCUCUGAAGCAGGCACAUCGAAAGACACACAGCCUGAGCAAAGCUCCGAGAGGGAUGCACCGGCUCAGCAGGGAGGUCAAAAGAGACCGCGGACCGUCGAAGGCGCUGGAGAAGGCACGGCAGACCUUGAGAGCAAGCUGGUCGAGAUCCUUGACCGGAACAGCCGGUUGGUGGCUGCACAGUUGGAGGCGCAGAACCAGAACUGCGAGCUUGACAGAGAGCAGAGGAAAGACCAAGCUAACAGCCUAGUUGUCGUGCUCGGCAGGCUGGCCGAUGCCCUUGGCAGGAUCGCCGAUAAGCUAUAGUCAGUCACCUAGGUGUAUAUGUUGACAGAAAUAAUUACAGCGGGAAAUGUAAGUGAAUGUACAGAUUGGUAUAGGGCUAUUGGCAUUCGAUUCUUUUUCUUUUUUUUGGUAUUGGGAGCGGUGUUAUAUACUAGCACUCAAAUGAUGUGGGGACUAGCAGAAUUCAGUUGUGGGUGGAUUCUGGGGCUGUGUUAUAUAGGGAGGCGAGUAAUUAUUCUCAGCAAUGCAAUUGUGUAUAGUUGAGCCUUUUGUGAUGCCUGUGCUUGACUGCA